UAUACCUACGUAAUUAACAUAGCGUCAAAAAAGACAUGUUAAUUCCUACUAAAAUCAACCAAUGUUUUUGUUUUAAAAUAAUUUAAAAAACACUAUGAAAGUUUAAAAGUUUCGCGAGCGAAACCACAGGCAACACCUAGGAAUCAGGUAAAAAAAAUAAAAAUGAUAAAAAAAUCACAAUGGGUACAUCCUGAUAAGUACAUAAACAUAAAGUUCUCAAAUUACGCAUGCAAGAUAAGAAAAUCAAAUGGAACGAGAUAACGGUCCUUAAGGUAGGCGCCUCGAAUAUCGCUUGAGCGGCGCGACUGCAUCGGUGGACAGCGUUGGCGGCCUUAUGUUGGCCGGGCUAUGAGUCAAAGUCCACUUGAAACAAAAAGCUCUUUAACAUCCAACUUCCAACUAAAACCGAGACCAACCAAACCUUUUCCAGUAGUAUGUUAAGCAGACAAAAUAGUUUCGUUGUAGAUCAGAUUGAAGAACUGUUUUGACGAUGUUCGACUUCUCGUGCAUUUUGUAGAUGAGACCACCAAAACAGAAUGUUACGACAUUUGUUGCAAGGGUGAGAUUAUAUAGCACGGCGGUUUAGGUUUACUCCAUGUGGGUCCCCCUGCCUUUCCAAAAAAAGGUUUUCUGGCUCUACAACAGUCACCAACACAUACAUAUGUAUUCGAUCCGCGCAACUCACUCGCCGCCACCGCUGUCCGCGAAACUUGAGGCAAUGGCCCAAGGCUUAUAUAUUGCAUGUAAUAACUAUAUUAUUAUUUAUGACCAAGGUUAUAAAACAGCCAAGGUUACUAACCACUCGUAAGUCUGGCGUCACAAUACUAUGCAUACUGAAGUCGUUUAAAUGUUAGUUGGAACAAGUUUUUACGAUGACACGGUGUGAUUUCAAGCUUGGUAAAAUAACCAAAGAAUAUUAUCAUUCCGUAGUAUUUUUUCUUCUUAAAAUCGUCUUAAGUAUUUUGAAACUGAUACCUGGAGCUUAUAAACCAAUUAAAGUUUGUGACUAAGACGAAUACAUAUAUGUAUACCUAACGACUACUUGACUUGUUUCCACCAGGUUUGGACUAAGUACCUUAUCGUUUCAUAUUAUGUUUUUUACUAUUCAAUUCUACUCAGCAACACAGCUUGUAGUCGAUAAAGAUUUUCCGAAAUGAAGUGUACAAUCCUCCUUCGCAAAAAGAUCCUUUCCGUUCUGUUCUUCGUCGUUUUUGUAACAGUGAUAACGCAUAUUUCACAACUAACUGAUAAUCCUCAUUGGUAUACAAGUUAUACAAAAGAAAAAGAACCUGGAAUGAAGUACAUAUUACUGUGGACUAAACAAGACAACAUACCAUUUAAGUAUAUGGGUAAAGGUCGCAGUGGAUUCAUUGAAAGAAAAUGCCCAUACACAAACUGUAUAGUGACAGGCGAUAGGAAACUUUUGAAUAGUGUCCUCGACUUCGACGUUAUAGCAUUCGCUGGACCUGAGCUGUGGAACGCUAACAAGUCAUCGAUGCCCAGUGAGCGGUUACCGUACCAGAAGUAUGUGUUCGCAAGCAUAGAGUCACCUCAUAACUACCCAUUAUGUAUUUUCGCAUUCGAUGGAUACUUUAACUGGACGUGGACUUACAAACUAGACUCGGAUAUUCGGUGGGGCUAUAUUGUGAUUCGGGACAUUCAUAAUAAAAUAGUUGGUCCGAAGACAGACAUGCAUUGGUUAAGGCAAGAUCAAAUGAGUCCAGUCAAUGAAACAUUUAAACGACAGUUAAAGAGCAAAACGAAGGCUGCCGUGUGGUUUGUAUCAAACUGCUACACCAGAAGUGUACGAGAAGGGUUUAUAAUAAAACUUGGGAGGGUAUUAUACAACUAUAAUUUGAAAUUAGCCGUGUAUGGACGAUGUGGUUACCUUAAUUGUUCUCGUGAAGAACAAGACCGUUGCGAUAAAAUAGUUAGAGAACGAUUUUACUUUUAUUUAGCUUUUGAGAACGCCUUUAGUGAGGAUUACGUGACGGAGAAACUGUUGACGCCUUUACAAAAUAAUGCAGUACCAAUCGUGUAUGGGGCAGCCAAUUAUACCAGGUUCUUGCCAGAAGGAUCGUAUUUAAACGCCCAAAAAUUAGGAAUAUAUCAGCUUGCUGAGAAAAUGGAUGAACUAAUUAGAAAUCCAGAUAUGUAUGCUGAAUAUUUUAGAUGGAAGAACCAUUAUACGUAUCAUAAAACGACAGAUAGUGUAGAAACAAAUGAAUAUUGUAAAAUGUGUGCCGCUCUGAACGAUGAAGAGUCUGUGAGGAAGAAAACAGUGUGUAACGAUUUUAGUGGUUGGUGGGAAAGUUAUAAGAGGUGUGAUGAUUUCAAAGAUUCCUUCUCUUUUUAUUAAAAUUUGUAAAAUGUAAAAUAAAAAUGCUCAAAUUGAAAUAUUAGGUUUUACCAUAGAGAUCAAGUCAGUUUAUACGUUUAAUAACAUUGUAAACUUUAGUAUUAUAUUAUUUUAUAGAAA